AUUUACGGCCAUACCAUCGAAUUGGUCAAUUUAAUUUACAGCCGUCGCAUCAGAGAGAUUAAAGCUUCCAAAAAUUAAUACAGCACGCAGCUGAACAAGAAGACCACAAUUGAUUGUGAAACACUCGUUGCUAAGACGAAGAAAAUAUCGAUGUCUGACUCGAAAAUUGAGCAAUAUUCUAGAGAUUCUAAGCGUAAAACACAAACUUUUAAUGAUUCAAUUAUCACGUGGCUUUCGUUUUCACGUGACACACAUUUGAUCAGUUCCAGCGCGCGUCAAUCUUUUAAUUUAAAUCAAUUGAAUACAAUGGGAACGAUUUCAGAUUCAGUUUCAUUUGCAUAUCUUCAUCAUCUUCGCUUUUGAUGAAUUGCAAUUGCGCGACUUCAAUCCACUCUCUUCUUCUUUUUUAGCGCGCACAGCACAUAAGGCUUAUCGCGCUAUUUUUAUGCGAAAAGCCACAUAUGGAGUUGUCACAAACGUAAAUAAAAAAAAAACAGAGUAUAAGCAAUGUUAGUCCUCAAUUAGCAAUCGUCAAUCAUAUUCUCAAUUACGCAAUUUUGCUUGAUGUUAAAAAUAGCCGCUGCAUUUUCAUACAGAAAGAAAAACAGCUGCUGCACAUUGCUGAUUGCAUCAACUACCUUUUGUAUUGUGACAUAAAUCCUCAUUAUUCGUACUCGAGAUGUGUUGUUGCAUUGACUAUUUUGUAUAGCGAACCGCUACCAGCGAACUUAUGCGUUUCGUUCAUUCGAACUAUUCUUAUCUGCAUGAAUAAUAUCGCGUUAAAAUGCAAAAUAAGAAGUUUCCUUUGAAUUUAACGAGAAACAACAACUGUGAUUUCAUUCCAAGAACAAAUGCAUCGAUAAAGAACAAAAUCAAGAGUGAUUUUUCCCAUAAUCUUGAUGACAAACAGUUGUUUACAAAACAAUGUUUACGAUGAAUUACAAAAAAGUCAAAUGUAUUUUCAGCAUGACUUUUUUUUCUGCAAUGAAUCGACCAUUAUGUCAUUUUGGGCAAUCACAGUUCAUUGCCACAAAUUAUCCUAUAAAGUGAUGGCUUCAUUGAAUGGCUGUGAUUGUGCUGGGGUUUUGGCCAGCUACACACAUCGUCUUUUCUACGCAUCAUUAGACGAUUACUCCAUAAUGUACACUCGUUUGACGAUUAAUCAUAUGGUUCAUUAUACGAAAUAAGUCGGUGUGUGCAUAAAAAGGGCAAUUUUAAAAUGAUUUCCAAGAAGAUCUACGUAGUAUAUUCCAGACAGCUCACACAAAUAGUUCUAUUAGUUAGAGUACAUUUUCAUGCAAAUUGACGGAGUUUAUUUUCAGCGUUUGUCUGACAAAAGAAUGUAAAUACAUUUUCUCAUUCACCAUGUGAAAUAUUGAAUUAUCAAUUGCAAAUGGAACAAAUAUAUGUAGAAACUUCGGCUCGAUUGAUGCUGCUAAAACAGUCAUUUUUCAGUUGAAAAAAAAAAUGCAUAAAUGUCACAUACUUCCAAUUUAUAUAGCUUUCGUGGCCGUGAAUAAACAUCUCUCUCAGUUGUGGAAAUUGACUAAUUAUCAAGGUUCUGAAAAUCCAUUAAUUCUCUCGCUUUUAUUACCAUUAAUUUGAAAAAAUUCCAACUGCAAUAAUAUUCAUUGCAAGCUUUUUCCCAUUUAGAUACAUUGAAUGGUCAGUUCUGAGUGAAUAGUGAAGAAAAAAAGCUGGGGACCGAGUUGUUUGGAUGUAUAAACAAAUGAAUUGAAUGUUAUGUAAACAAAGAUUCAAAGAUUAUCACAUAGUAGCACUGUUCAUUGAUUGCUAGGAAAUCCUCAUGUUUAUUUAUAAGUUGUGUUAUGGUCACUCUCUCUCGCUCUAUCAUCUUAAGCCCAUUUUUGUGUUGAUGAUUUGUUUGUACUUCAAUUUAAGCUAGUUAAAUAAACAUGUUCAUGAUAUACUGCUUUCUUGAAAUGAUUCGAACGUGUCAGACUCAAUGGGAUUUGCAUUAGUUUUGGGCUAAAGUGAAAUCACCACCGACCAAAUUGCUGUGGCAAAACGUUUAACUUUGACCGUGCUUAUUACUCUCUUUCUCUCUCUCUCUCUUUCACAACGCUCAAGUGGUAAAUUGUGGGAAACAAUCGAAUAUGGAAAGUUGUUCUUGUAGUCUCUUGCCGAAACAUCGCGAACAUGCCAGAUAUACCGAAUGAAAACUACAUAUUUACAACAUAAAGUGGCUCAUAAGAUCCGUAAUUUGUUUACCGUUGCUUCUCUUUUUCGACGAGCAUCUUCUUCGUUUGGCUUCUGCUUCGUUCAUUGAGUUGUAUUUAUGUAUAAUACUUUUUGCGUUCAGGUUCGAACUUGAGGAAGGUUAAGUUUUCAUUUUCAGUGUGUGCAUGCUUAAUGCUUAUACAUACAAUGCAUGUGUAUUCUCUGUAUUCGCCAAAGUUAUGAGUUGCGCUUACGAUGUUUUUGCAAAAACGAAUGAUUAGUUUCUUUUUUCAGUUCAUUUGCCCAUACACACACAGGUUUGAGUCACACUACAACGAUAAUUUACUUAAUUAAUUUUACUUUUCACUCAAAGAAAGAGUCACAACUGGUACGAAGAAACGAAACGAAAGAGAAAAAAAACCACUACAACCAUAGAAAACGAUUAUAAAACGGUGUUUGAAAGUAGACGUCGCUUUGCUCACUGUGCAAUGCGAUCACUGAUAAGAAAUGCGAUCGACUCCACUGAACACUCCAUAACAUACCGAAUAACCUAGCGAAUGAGAUUUCGUAGUAUUUUUUAUUUAUUCACUGUUCAACUUCCCGAGUCGAUACGUUAAGACGAUUCAAUUUUUGCUGCCGUUUUUUUUUCUUCGUUUCUUCUCAACGUUCGACGUUUGCCCGUGUGUUGUUUGAGUCUAAUUUUAUUUUUCUGCUCGUUGCGUUGUGCUAGUGUUUUUUUUUUCUGUAUAUUGGCACAGUCAUUAGUCUUUUUUCCGAUCUUUCUAUUUAUUACUUCGUUUUAAGUUUGUUUAUUUUUGUGUAAAUUUUUUUUCUGAUCUCGCUCAUUUCUGUAUAAUCAUCAUUUGUGUGUUGUGAGCGUCGAGUGAAUGAACAGUGGGGCGCACUCGGUGUAAAAUCUGUUCGCGACGUUCGUUUGUUUUUGCGGGAAGAGGUCUUGUUUAGUUGUUGGCUGCGAAUGACAGUUAGUGAAUGAAUUUUUGAUCGGUGCUGUGCAAUUUUUGUGUUCAUCUCUUCUUUGUUUGCAUUUUUUUUUCGACCACGAACUAACGAACGCAACGAAAUGGAACCAAAAAACGAUGAACGUUUACAAGAUUUUUCAGUACCAUUGCUAAAAAAAUUGAAACAACCGUGCAUUAAGCCAUCGUCAAAGAAUAAAAAGAAUAAGCAAUAUGUGAAUAAUAUUAAUGACAAUAAUAACAGCAGCAGCAGCAGUAGCAAUAAAAAGCAAAAUUCAGGUUUACUCAGUAAUUCAUCGACAUAUUCGAUUCUUCCAAUUAGUGAGGUCACACAAGGUGCUGUCGAAGUAUGGGCCAAUCUACCCGAUGAAAUUCGUCAGGAUCCAUCGUUAGCAUCGUUUCGUCAGGAACAUGAACGUAUUCAUGGUGGUCACUUAGGUGUAGACGAUCAGGAUCCAUUGCCAAAUGAAGAUGUAUCGGUGGGCGAUGAAAACAUUUCAAAUAAUGCCCAACAUCCGGUGAACAAUGAAUUCAUUACGAUAAGUGUGAUGAAUGAGCAUGGCGAAAAAAUCAAAGGACAUCUUCCGAAUGGGGAAAAUACCACCACGUUAUCGGAUUUACAUCACACAGGUGUAUCAACAAAUGAGCCUGAUGAAGCUGAACCGAAAACGACGUCACAGAUAAUAUUGAAUAGUAUUAAAAUAGCCUUGUUGGUAGCUGUUUGGAUCUUAUUUACGGGCAUUUUGAUGUCGAAGGAUGAAAAAGUGCUCACCCAUCAUCAGUUGGCCGUUCCGAUACGCCAAAACAAAAGUUAUAUUCUUGAUGAAGUACCGCUCGAGUCUCGUUUAGGUGUUAAAGUUUAUGGUGCAUUUGCCGAUGAGAACAGUAACACUACCAACUUUCUCUUCAUACAAGUUCAGUUGCUGCACACUCAAUUCGAAGAUGAGAACGAUACCAGUAUUGCCUACAUCGAAAACGACAAUAAUAUCUUGAAAAUACCGAUUAUCGAGGAUGUUGCCGACAUUGAUACAGCGCUAGAAGUGAAAAAAACCCAUACAUUCCACUUAGAUCAGAAAAUGUACGAACAAAUCGCAAAGAAUGACACCAUACUGCGACUCCGCAUCGGAUCAAACUUGCCAGUUAGUUUUCCCAUUAACUUGACCUACGAUCCGUCACCCAUCGACAAAUCACUUGGCGUUAUUUAUGCGGCAAUCGUUCUGCUGGGCUUAUACAUUAUGAUUAUUUGGGAAGUUGUGCACCGAACAUUUGCAGCGAUGGUGGCUUCAACAACAGCUAUUGCCAUUCUGGCGUUGAUGAACGAACGACCAUCCAUGCCGUUACUCAUGUCUUGGAUCGACGUGGAGACACUGCUUCUGCUUUUUGGCAUGAUGAUUUUAGUAGCCAUUCUGUCGGAGACGGGUGUUUUCGAUUACUUGGCCGUUUACGCUUUCGAGAUUACAAAUGGGAAAAUUUGGCCACUCAUCAAUUGUUUAUGCCUGUUUACGGCAGUGAUGUCUUCGUUUCUUGAUAACGUAACAACCGUUUUGCUGAUGACACCCGUCACCAUUCGGCUGUGUGAAGUGAUGCAAUUAAAUCCGGUGCCCAUUCUCAUGUCAAUGAUUAUUUUCUCGAAUAUUGGCGGCGCAGUAACUCCCGUAGGUGAUCCCCCAAAUGUGAUAGUUGCAUCGAAUCCAUACGUUAUCAAAAGUGGUAUAAACUUCAUGACAUUUUCCUUGCACAUGUCAAUGGGAAUCUUUCUUGUUAUGAUACAAACCUAUGUGCAAUUACGUUACAAAUUCCGUAACAUAAACGACUUACGUUUCAUUGAACCACAAGAUAUUCAAGAGCUUCGCCACGAAAUUGCCGUUUGGCAGCGAGCAGCAGCAUCACUUUCAUCCUAUUCAAAGGAUGAAGAUUUGGUGCGUGAGACGCUGGUCAAGAAGGUGAACAGACUUCAGCGCCAACUCAAGAAAAAACUUUCAUCGGGUUCGGUGCCAGAGAGCUACAAGCAAACAUUAGAAGAUUUGCAGCGAAAGUAUCCAAUUCGAAACCAAACAUUGCUGAUAAAAUCUGCCGUCACAUUGGUGUUCGUUAUUAGUUUCUUCUUCUUACAUUCCGUGCCCGAUAUUCAACGGCUGUCACUCGGAUGGACGGCUUUGUUGGGAGCUGUUCUACUAUUGAUUUUGGCUGAUCGUCAAGAUAUGGAAUCGAUUUUAGCCCGAGUGGAAUGGUCAACGCUAUUAUUUUUCGCCGCCUUGUUUGUUCUGAUGGAAUCUUUGUCGGAACUUGGGCUUAUUGAUUGGAUUGGCUCACAAACUGAGGCCGUCAUUUUGACAGUAAACGAAGAAUCUCGACUGGCUGUAGCAGUCCUCAUUAUUCUGUGGGUGUCGGCAAUUGCAUCAGCAUUUGUCGAUAACAUCCCACUCACAACGAUGAUGAUCAAAGUGUCUAUCUCAUUAGCGGAGAAAAAAGCAUUGAAUUUACCGUUGCAGCCGCUAAUUUGGGCCUUGGCAUUUGGCGCUUGUCUUGGCGGUAAUGGUACAUUGAUUGGUGCUUCAGCGAAUGUCGUAUGUGCUGGCGUUGCUGAGCAGCACGGAUAUCGAUUCACAUUCAUUGAGUAUUUCAAAGUCGGAUUCCCCGUUAUGCUGGGAAGUAUUGUAGUAGCAACAGGCUAUCUGCUCGUGUGUCAUGUAUGCUUUACAUGGCAUUAAAUGUCAACCAGAAAGCAACCAGUAUGUAUUCCAAGAAUUGCGCUCGAUGGAAACGCCGUUUUUUCGGUGGAAUGAAGAAUGAAAUCGAGAAAACCUUGCAGCGUCAGAUCAUCAUCAAAAAUCGCCCUUUGUUUUUCACAAAAGAAGCGCAAAGUUAGAUGCAAUACAUAUUUCAGAAAUCGUGCUCAAAUCUAAGCAUUUUUGUUACAAAUGUUGUGAAUACACUAAAGUGCAGAUUGUGAUUAAUUCGGUAGGGAAACAAAAUCAUUCACACAUUCACAUUUGAUGUGCGUGUGUGGUAUAAUUAUUAUAUACACACAUUAUAUUAAAAUAAAUUGUUAAAUAAGAAAUAAUUUGACGGCCAGCGUUGACCGUUGGGUUUAAAAAUGAAUAAACUGAUAAUGAUAUUUUACUGUGAACAUCGACGCGGAAGAAAUGGUACAAAAAAUAGCAAAAAACAAACGAAUUUCGUUCUAAACGCAUGCCAAAUUUAAAUCUAAAUUGAAUAGACAAUUUUUUUUUUUAAACUGAUUGGCUCAUUUUUCGAAGGUGCUGAAAUUAUGUUGAGACAAGUAAACUCUAGAGAGACUUUCUCAAGUCGAAAAAAAAUGAUUGGAACGAUAAAAUAGCUAGGGGGAUUUAACUACGUGAAAACUUGUAAAAAAAUGAUAUAAACGCGCACGAAAUUGUUUCAUUCACCAGAGAACUUGCAUGAUUCCACUCAGUUGACAAGUUCCGUAUUAAAACAACAUGCGCGAACUUGUGCGAGUUCGUGUGCAAACAUGAAGCUGGACGACGCGCACACAUCAGUCGUUCCAUUUGUUAUAUCUAUCUGGAUUAACUUUUUCUCCCAACACUUUCUCCAGCUCUUUAAAAAUAUUUCCUUUGUCCAUUUUAUAAUUAUAUAAAUCUUUGAACUUUUGGAAAGGAUGUGAAAAAUCUUUAUACACGUAAACAACCGAUUUUUAGUUUAUAACGCGUUUUAGUUGUCAAAUAACAACUUGAAAAACGCGCAAAACCAUAAACAAACUUGUGUAAACUUGUGACCGUGCGCGUCAGUACGUACAACGAACGCGUCGAACUUCCGCGAAUCAAGCAAACUGGCAGAAAACAUGCUGAACUCGUAAGAGUUAAAUUCCCCUAGUAAAAUAGUUAAGAAACGAAUUUGUUCGAUUAGAUUUUUCUGAGAAAUCACCAUUUUCCAAUUUGUAUGGAGUAAAGAAUGGAAUUGAACAUUGCCUGCAGACUAAAUCUAUUUGGAAUUUACUAAUAAGGCACUUUUGGUGGUCGAUUGUUUAGGUAGAAUAUAUGAAAAGAGAAAUGGUUUCAAACACAUCUGCCAGAUUUUGUGCUAUGCAAGUAAAUAAAAGAUAAAUGAAAUGGACCAUGCAAGAAUGUCACUCAAGACACCCACCAAAUUGAUAACGAGUGGAUAAGAUUUCGGUUGAUCAAAUAGAUUAGCACAUCUCGUUAUUUAAUAAGUGAAUAGUACAAAAUCAAUUGUUGAAAAUAGUAUGUAUUAGAGAAAUGAAAGAUGAAGAAAAUGGAAUAAAAAUGGCAAAUUCUAUUGCGAAAAAGAAGAACAGAAAGAAAAGUGAAACAUGAAGAAGAAUAAAAGCAUGGCUGACUUCUGACUCCUGGUCAAGGAUGUAUGAAUAUAAGAAACGUGUGCCUUAUAAAUAACAAAAAAGAUUGUACAUCUCCAAAAUAAAUUAAAAUAAAAAGAUAAUUCAAUAAAAUGUAAGUUUUAACUAAUUUACGACCACAGAAAAGUCAAUGGAAAAGUCAACGGAAGUCCAAUUGCAAACUUAUAAAAAGACAAGAGUAAAGACACUAGACUGUUGUGUUGUUUACAGGACGCGUGAAUAAAACGAAUACAACAAAACGAAACAGACAUAGCAAAGGUGUUCAAUAGGAAGUACACAACAUAUUGUAGCUAUAUUUUCAUUGAAUAAAUGUGUGAAUAUUUGUGAAUUGUUUACUGUGUCAAAGUCUCUAAAUUUAUUCAAAUAAAUGGAUUUUCGUUACUACAAUGUA